UACCGCAAAGCCAUUGCAUUCAUGCUGCAAAUGGUCAAAAAUAUGAAAUCAAGUGGAGAUAAAACAAAAAAUGAAACUCAUAUUUACAAGAGCAAACAGUGAAUGUAAUAAAAACUGUUAUUUUAUGGGUGUCUAAUGUUGUCGAGCGGCCAAGUGAAGAAAGAGAAGAUAAAUGCAUGGAAAUACUUGAAACAAGCCAUAAUGAAAUAAGACCAAAAUAAAUAUAAAAUAUUUUGCUAUUGCUGUUGUACUUCUUACGCUAGCGCGAUGGAAACCAGAUGCUACCUUUGGUACGAAGAGAAAUAAAAAAAUACGCAAGGGGCAAUUGACAAACGGAAGUACUUGUGUGUGCCAAAAUUAUGCGGAAAAAAACGCCAAUGUCGAAAUAAAUAAGCAAGUGGAAAUAUACUGUAGAAUAUGCGAAGCGGAAAAAAGUAGGUACUAAAAAAAUAGCGCUGAGUUGGUGAGGGAGCGAGAAAAGAAAAUAAAUGGAGGCUAUUAUUCUUAAAAAAACCACGAGAAAACAAAGUGUAUUGAAAGAGGCAAAUAAACAGUGAAAAUAAUUAAAAAUAUAGUAAAAAUAUAUAAAAUACAAACACUGAGAAGUAAACGAAAAUGAAUAAAAUUAAAUUAAAUUGGUAACAAAAUAAAAUUUGUGAAGUGCAGUAACCAACUAAAAUAUUGUGCAGCGUAAGCUUCUUAUUAAUUCAUAAAUAUCACUAAAGAGUAACUGAAGCGGUCAUUACAACUGUAGGUGUGGCAUUCGUCCCUAUUAAAAAGUACAAAUACAAAAGGGGAAUUUCUUCAAGAUCAGCGAAAUUAAAGUAAGUCCCCAACUUGCAUUACAUUGAGCUAAUUUUAAAAGUGCAUAACGAUCGAGCCCAGGAAGAGUAAUCCCAGCUCUAAGAACAAGAAAAGAGCCGUAUAAAAAGAAAGGGGAUCAGCAGAAAGGCGCACCCAAGCGGCAUGUUCACUUGCACACGAACACGUCAAAAACGCAUGAUCGACGAGUCAAUUGAAAGCGCGCGCGACACCUUAACAGCGUCGCGACGAAAACGGACAACUAUUCAAUUAAUCAAUUCAUAAAUUAAUAGCAAAGCAAAAGAAAUAAAAAAAUAAAAAGUAACUACAAUUCAAUAAAGUACAACAAAAACGCCACCAGCAGGCAAUUAAAGAUAUCGCAGAUACAGCAGAACAAAGUGCUACGAAGAGGAAGCAGACGCCGCCGAACGAUAAACGAAUACAGCAUCAAAAAAAAAAAAAACAAUAAUAAUAAUACAACAAAAAAGAAAGAAAAAAAGUUGCGACGAGCGCAUAGUGUAGAUGUCUCGCGAGCUGCGAGUUACACUAACACAAAUUGACCAACGCGACGGCAGCAGCACAGCGUGACUUGCGACUUUACAAGACUACCACGCCACCUCUUACACUCCCACCGCGUACACAUACUAACUGAUACUGCUGCUGCGGCCAAGCAUAAAAAAUCAGUGCGUCGACGACUCAUCCCACUUACCGUGGGAAUUUUUCACGACAGCGUUGGACUUCGUAGCCGGCCAUUCAACACUGUGAAGUGUAGUGAUGAGAAAUGCUAUGCGCUAGUCAACUCGCGCUGCAUUGGGUGAAUUUGUGUUUGUGAAAAGAGUGCUUAUUGAAGUGAUUUUUAAGCGCGCUCAAUAUGCUCAGCGCGCUCUGCGAAUAAAAAUUUCCGAACAAAUCACGCUAGCGCACUGGAAAAAGAGCGGGAGAGAAAGGGAGCGCGCACACUUUGCUGCCAAUUAAUGAACAACGCAUAAUUAGUAGAGUGGAGCGCGAAUGCGAUCGCAGCUGCAACUACAGCCAUAGCCACCCACCAUUGGGGCGCUCAGCUGUUUAUUGUCCAAUACUGUGGCGCUCGCGCGUACAACGAUAACGCGAUCUCGCGUCACUCGCCAGCCCGAUCGCACCACACCACACUUGGGAUAUAUAUUAUAUGGGAAGCGCGCUGCGAACGCUCUACAGUUUUGCUUGAAACGUUUGGGAGUGCAGAUCGUUGAAGUUGAAAUUUGUAGAAAAUUUAUGAAAACGCACGGUCAAACGCGCGAUAUACGGUUUCGCAGAUAUUAAGCAAAUUUAAAAAAUCAAUAAAGAAAGAAACAACAGAUGAAAUGAAAAAUUUUAUGAGAAAACUGGAUGAAUGCUAAGUAUAAUACGUACAGCGUGAUAAUGUUUUAGCAGUGUCCGUUUUGAAGAAAUAUUACAAAUUAUGAGAAAAAACAAUAAUGUACUAAAAUAUUUUUAAGUGUCGCGAAAUAGCAGCACAAGUUAAAAAAUAUCAGCAAAAGGUAUAUGCAGCAAAAGCAGUGGCUUAAAAAAUUUAUUAAGCAAAAGCCAACGCACAACCAACUGGAAUUGUGAAACAAUUAAUUUAGCUUGCGAAACAAAAAGUGAUAAAAUUAAAAAAAAAAAAUACAAAAACCAAAAAUUUCGUGGCGUGUGUUGAGUUGAAAUAUCCGUACCGCGCAAGAAAACACUGAACAGCAGACGUUCAAAAACAACAAUAACAAUAAACGCGUUUGCGAGUUGUGCAUAAAUUUGAAAACAAGAAAUCGAAAAGCUAAAUAAACAAUUAGUAACAAAUAAACGAAAUCCCCUUAAGGCGGCAAAAAGCAGAAGAGGUUUAAGUGAUUGGUUAUUAAGAGAAGUGAGCAGUAACAAAGUGAAAAAAAAAAUUGUAUUUAACCGAAUACUCAACCAAAGAAGAAGCGAGCUUUAGACAAUUAUUCAUUCACACACAAGAACUUUAGAUAAACGUUCAUUCUGUGUGCAAGUGCUUCAAGAACUAAAAAAAACAUAUAAAAAAAUUUACCAAUACAAAUAUUUAUCAUAUGGAAACCAAUAAAAAGUAUCUCUAGUGGCUUUAAGUGCUGAAAAAAGUGUAAAGUUAAAAUUGAAACAAGAAACUGAAAAAAAAAUCUGAGUGGAACACUAAAAACAGCAGUGAGGCACAAAAGCAAAGAACAACUUUGAUACUUGGCCAAAAAGUGGCAGUGACUAAGCGAAAAGCGGUAAAGCAGCGAAAACUUUCCGCAAUAAAAAAGCAAAGAAAGUGAAAGAAAGCAAACGUCCGCGCCCCAUGCACGCCAGUUAGCCUUCAAAUAAGGCAAUUUCAAGGGAGCGCCGAAGCGUGAAAAUUCGCAAAGUAAAAAAAAGUCACUCAAACACAUAAAGAGUAGCAAACCGUUUAACUGAAUGGAGUGAACAUUUACCUCCAUCUAGAAACUAAAAAAGAUUAUUCCGCGCAUUUGCAUGUCUAACGUAAUGUUUGCUGUGACCACACCUCUUCUCCUACAAUAUAACACACAAACGCUGACUAAAUACUGAGCAGCAAAAGAAGAAAAAAAUACCCGAAAAAAGUAGAAAAAUAGUCGAAUAAGUGUUACUAAGCACAAAGCCCUUUCACAAACAAACGCGCGCGUGCGUUCACUUUGUUGUUGUGUUUUGUUUUCGAAUUUGCUUUUGCACCAAUGCCGCGCAAUCUACUUCCGCACAUAACGAUUACAUCAUUGAAGCAUCAGCAUCAGCGACAGCAAAAACAAAAGCAAAAUCAACAAAAGCAAAAACAACAAAAUCAAGUAACAAGUUUCGCGUACACAUUACACUUUGUAAGUAGCUGAGUACUAUUGCAACAACAACACCAACAACAAAUAACAACAUUAACAUCAACGUGUAUGUUAAUUUCUCACACCCGCCACUGCAUCGAAUAAUGGCCAUAGAUUUUCUCAUACUCGCCCUACUGCUAUUCUCGUUUGUCAUCAAUUUGCUGGCUUUGGGCGCUUUCUGGGUAACACCAGGUUUGCGCACCACCGCCAAUCGUUUCACCAUCAACUUGCUUAUUAUCAAUCUAAUCGGUUGCCUCAUACUCGCCCCAACGCUAUUCCUUAGCCAAGCAUCGCAUAGCGCACGCGAAGAAGAAGAUGUCGCUAACUCAUCAUCAGCAGCAACAUUAUCCGCUAGCCUCUCACUCGCCGCUUCGGCCAGCGACGACCGCAUCGAGAUACUCGCCAAGCCCGGUAAUCGUCAGAUGACGAUCAAACACAAUGGCAAGCUGGUCGAACAGGAGGGCGUAAUUGUGCGUCGCAAUUUGACGAGUUUGCGCGAUGGCGAACAGGAUCCACGCACAAUUGAGACGAUCUACAAGUGCAACUCCACGUACUGCCAAGAGCUGACGAUUGAUGAAGGCACCGAUACGAUUGUGAUCACCGAGAUUGAGGAGGAGAAUCAUGCUGCCGAGGUGGCUAGCUCAACGCAUGCCGAUGUGGUCGCUUCACUAAUGCCACGGCCACAUAUACGUUGCUGGUCCAUUGAUAUGGCCGCCGCUUUAGGCGCGCUUGGCGUGCUGCUCGUUGUGGGUGACACUUGGUGCGCUGUCACCGAUCCCCUGCGCUAUCAUACGCGCAUCUCCAGCCUAAAGACAUGGAUCUUUAUCGCGCUCACCUGGGUGGUUGGCAUACUAUUUGGCGCAUUAUCCGCAUUUCGGGAAAUCGAUUUCACCUCUACAACGGUGUUGCACGAGCAAAGGGGCUUUGUCGAGCUGAACAUGUCCUCAGCGAAUAACAUAUUCGGCAUGAGUUUCGCUUGCGUCUACUUCGUCAUUAUCAUAUUGUUGCCGUUUGGCUUCGUUUGUGGCAUGUACUGGCGCAUAUUUAGUGAGGCGCGUGAGAAUGGCUUGCGUAUGCGUCAGAAUGGUUCUUCGCCAUUGUUGCAGAGUGCACUCAACCUGACACACCACCAGCAGAGCUCAUCGCUGCAGUAUGCGAAUAUGUGCGCGCACCGAAAUUCCGUGUCAUCAGCCUCGUCUAAUGGUGGGGGCAGCGCUUGCGAGCGGGGUGGCUUACAAAUGCAGAUCGAUCAACGCAAAAGCUCCCCUGUUGGCACGAGACGUGACUCCGCCGCUAAAGUACUUCUGCCUACGAUCUCCGAUGAUGGUCUAUCCGACGAAGCCGCUCAGCUGGACUCGGGUGAUUACAACGCCGAACCACUGGUGCCCCUCACGCAGCAACCCAACUAUGCCGACCGCAAUCAGAAUAUCCUGCUGACGCUGCAAGCUGCGAGUGGCGAGAUUAAGCGCAACUAUUCUGCGCGUCAGCUGCCAUUGCUUGGUACAUCGUCACAGGAUCUGCAGGAAUCAAGUGGUCUGCAAGGUGUGCGGCAGGUGCACUCUUCACCCAAUUUGCAUAAGUACACACAAGACGCGUUGGAGACGAAUUGCUCACCACAUCUGCUGGGCCACCAGCAGCUGCAUCCACAAAACGUGCCCACCGUACGCCAUCAACAGUUUGCGCCACAAAGCGCAAAUCGUCAUCACUCGCAUGUACUGCAAAUUCCUUGCCUGUCACAUAGCUCACCCAAAGCACUUAGCUACAUGUCAACGUUGCGCCAUCGCCUGUCCAACGCAUCAUCACUCUUCAAGUAUCGCGAGGAGUCGCGUACUGUGCGCAUCAGCAUACUUGUGGUCAUCAUGUUCCUGGUCUCUUACCUGCCAUAUGGUUUCCUAGUGCUUUUACAGAGCCGCCUACCCAGUGCCAACUUUGAACAUUCCACGCAACUUGCCAUUUUCAUGCUGCUACUAGGCAAUCUCACCUCACCCUUCAUAUUUGCCUAUCGCAACAAGCGUGUACGACGUGGCGUGAAACGUCUUUUCGGCUUGGAAUCCCGCACACGCGAACGUUCACUGCAACGGCAGAGCAGCUCUAGCGGACGCGGCAGUGGCUUCUUAAAUCGUCAUUGCGCAGGCACGCGUAACGGCGCCAAUAUGCGUCGCAACAUAAGCAAAGUAUCGACAUGUUCGCUCAACUCCUGCAAAUUCCUAACACCGCAAAGUUCGCUUAACAGCACGGCAGGACCACCAUCGGGGACGCCAAAUAGGCAUAGCAGUCCGGCGCGCAUACACGGACUGCGACCGAACAGCAGCUGCAGCACAAUCAUCAACUUUGGCGCGCCGCACACAACAAUAACAACGCAAGCCACAGAAGCUACCCAAAUGACUGCAUCGCCAGCUGCGACUAAAAGCUGCAAUAGCCCAACACCGCUUAAAACAACACUUGUCACCAAUGGCAAUUCGCCGAAUGGCACAGCGCGCAUUACAGAGGCGCUGCCAGCGACGAACGGCAAAUUUGCAGCCAAGCGUAGUCUCUUCAAGAUCUUCUUUCAGAGUUCGCGGAACUUAGGCUGUGCAGCAGCGCAGUCCUGCGCGCAAGGCAAAGAGACUGAAGUGGAGCCAGCAGACGUGUGAGGCGCACAAACUAGCCACAAGUGGCAUAGAAAAAGACAUAGAUCGCAGCGUCGCAGACAGCCAGUCAGCCAGCCGCCAGCUAGCUACUAUGCGCCAGCAUAGCCGGUGUUGAGGCACAAAGCAGUCUUGAAAGACAGCGUGCAGUCCAUACGCGGCCGGCAGCUGACAAAGCAGUAAUUCGAAUGCUACAAGCAGCCCCCACAUGGACACUCCAAUAGUCAUUGUCAUCGUUAUCGUCAGUUUGCAGCUCGAGCAGUUUUGGAAGUGGUAAGCGCGUUUUAGAGAACCAAGCAAACCAAGUAAACCAGAAACCAGUCAGUAUUCAGUAUUCGCUUUUUAUGUGCUAAGUAAUAAAACUUAAGAGCGCUAGCAGUAAUUAGAGAUAUAGAUCUGUUAAGUAUCCAACCACAAUCAGUUUGUUAGUGGGCGUUUAAGCUGUUUGCUGAAUUUGUAGCGUUUAUUCUUGCGUUAAGUGCUUAAGCAAGACAAAAAGUGCUUAAGCUUAGUAGAAGCAAAAAGUAAAGGGAGUUGUAAGAAAAAAUUAAUGUUUUGCAAAUAAGAAAGUCGGCUAACGCGGAUUAAACAAUUCAAAUGGAAAGAAAUAAUAGAACGUGGUUAUCAAAUAUGUAUCUAAUUCCAUGUUUGGCGGAGUAUUUACAUAAAAAGUAAUAAGCAUACGAAAAGUACACUUGUACCUAUGCAUAUGCAUGUUUGUGUGUGUGUGUCGUGUAGUUUUGCAAAUUGAAAGUACCUCAAGUUGAUGUGAUGAAACCUGAAAUGCUAAAAAUGAAAUGUAUGUAUGUAGAAGAAAGGCACAGGUAUCGACUUACUUGAAUUAUUUUUUUAUUUUUUAUUUGUACAAGUGAAAGUGACUUAAAGAUAUGUUGAAAGAAAUUAGCAAAAAUAUUGUAUAUAAAAUUAUAUUAUGAGCUAAAAGCUUGCAAAAUAUAUAUGAAAUAGAGAUUUAAUUGAACAUUAACAGUAUCAAGUGCGUAGGUCAUUUCAAAUGAUAAAACAAGUUAAAUAAAAGAAUUAAUUAAUUUAUGCUGGCUAAACAUAAUUGAAAAAAAUUAAAUAUUUGGGUAAGCUAUUAAAUAGUUCAAAUCUGAAAGCUUGAGUCGAAAAAAAAAUAUUUGCCAAUAUUUGUAAAUGCACAUCAAAAAUAUUUACACACAUAUCUGUGAACUUUUGGCGUAGCAGCUUGUCUGACUUUAGAUUAUAAAAUCAAAAUUAAAUGAAAAUUGAAAUUGAAUUUAAAAAUUUUGGAAGUAAUUUAUUCCAUGCACUCCGGUAUCUCUAAAUUUUAAAGUUUUCAUAAAAAUUUUAUUCAAAUUAUGCAUAAGUACGAGUAAUUGCUAUGAAUGGGUAAUAGUUUCAAUGUUGCACAAUAACUCUGUGCUUUAGUGAUUAAUAGCUAGAAAGUGCCAAGUCGACGGAGUCCUUACAAAAGUUCACAGAUUUUUACACAUAACAGGUGGCGCAAAAUUAAGCACCCAAUUUGCAUUUUCAAUAACUUUUUUCAUAAAUAAAGAUUAAAGUUUUAAGGCAACCUAAAUCUUCCGAUAGGAUGAUUAAUUUUGCGCCACCUUGUACAUUCAAGUAUACGUACCACACUUACGUAGUGAAUACGUAUGCAUCUAGGCGUGUAUGUGUAUAUACAGAGCAAACACCAGUAGUUUCGUGUACAUCAUUGCAUAAUAUCAAUAAUAAAGUGGUUCACGCUCGAAUUGAAAUCGAUUAAUUACUAUAGCUAAUCGUUGUAAUGUAAACUCAACAGAACUUUCCAUUUAUUGCAACACGUAAAAGCUGUAAUUAACUUAUAACAUUCUAAUAAUGUGACUCAUAAAUAUUUAUUGUGUAUAUAUAUAUGUAUAUAUAUAUGUAUGUAUAGUUUAAGAAGAAACAGCACUCACACACACACACACACACGAAAACACAUAAAGAAACUAUCAUAAAAAUAAUUACAAAUUACCAAAGUAACUAGCAGUGCAGAAAAUGGCAGCAUUAAAUUGAAAUUUUUGUAGCGAAUAAAGAAAUAAAAAAGUGCAAAAAAAGUAAUUAAAUUCAAAUUCAAUUAUUUACAAAUCGAAAUCGAAAACGAAAUCACAAAUUGCUUUGCUAUUGAAACGGCAAGCGGGAAAUUCAUAAAAUCAAAUCUAUGAAACUAUAAAAAUUUUACGAAGCGCACGCGCUUGUAUUGUGCAGCGAGUGUAAUAAUUUUCACACACUUUGUUAACUCUUCCAUUAUGAAUAAAAGUGAAUGCGCUUAGUCUUCUAGAAACUUUGUAUUCGUGUAUACAUUUCUUUGCCACACAAUUUUUCCUACUUUUUCCAAACAAAUCGCAGACAAUUUAAAAAUGAAUGGCACUGUUUUUUGCUACACUUUAUAAUUCUGCGUUUUUUUCUACUUCUUGCUUACUUAUGUACAUUCAUAUGUACAUUUAACAUUCACCUGACGUAUUAUAUUGCAUCUGCAAUACUUAGUAGUUUAAAUACAUAUUCAUGUACAGUGGGUUAUAGGCAAUGCUAAGUAGUUGACCAUUUGACAGUUCAUAUGUGUGCAUAUGUAUGUACAGUGGGCUGGCUUCGACAGAAAUCCUGUUGCAGUGAAAAGUGAAAGGAAUUAUAAGGAAAAUAUUUGCGUAAAAUUAAAAAAGAGGAUGAAAAAAUUUUUUUUUUAAUUAUAUAAAUUUUUUGUUUUUUACUUUUCUGAUAUUCUUUUCUUAUAUGUAAAUAAAAGCAAAGUGUACUAGCUGCCUUACGUAUGACAUACAUAAAUGAUUUUUUUUAAUUGCGUUUUUAAAGGUGAAUAUUAUAAACCUUUUUUUAAUAUUAAACAUUUUGAAAUUAUUCCCCUUUACAAAAUUUCUUUUUACAACUUAAAUUUUUGUUUACUUAUUAAAUGUUUUAUAAUAUUUAUACCCUCAACCUAUGCACAUACGUUCAAAGCAGCUUCGGUACAAAAACAACUUACAAUUGUUUUUGUUAAAAUUGUUAAUAAUUAAAAAAUUAAUUUUUUUAUUAUUAAAUUGUUUUCCCAUCAAAAUAAUUUGCUUGAAACAGCUGCUUUACAACAACAAUUCAAAGUAUUAGCAAAUUUGCAAGAAUAACUUGUAGAAAAGCAGAAUUUUCAGUAAAAGUUUUUUAAAGCGAAAAAACAGAAAAAGUAAUUAAAAUAUUCAUCCUUUUUUAUCAAACAAUUUUUUCUACCAAUUUAAAUUUUCCUACACAUUUUUUUAUAUUUUUUUCCGUUUCUUAUUAUAUAUAUUAACUAUUAUUUUUUAUAACUUCUUUUAUAUUGAACUUUUAACUUUUUUCAUCUCUGGUCUAUGUAUAUAUUUUGCUAUUUAUUAUUAUUAUUAUUAUUAUUAUUAUUAUUAUUUACAGGGGAUAUAUUCAAUAUAACCCAAACUAAAUUAUCACACUGUCUACUAGGGCCUUCGGUGAUUUUGUGCUAUUUAAAAUGCAUUAUUUCAUACAAAUAAAAAAUGUUUGAUAAUUUUUUUUGUUUUAAUUAAUUUUCUGAUUUUUUUUUAUUUUUAUAAGUCUUUUUUAAUAAAAUUAUAAGAAAGACAUUUUUUGCAUAAAAUCAACUUUUUGGCUUUUUGUCUUUUUUUAUUUCGCCCUAGUUCUUUUCUCUUUAAUUUUCUUUCUUUUCGCUAUAAUUUUGAUUUCUUAUAAACUUUUUUUUUAUACAAAAUUAUUUAAAAUUGACUUUUUGAAUGAAAUUAGUUUUUUUUGACUUUUUGUCGUAAUGUUUGAUUUCAUCCUAUUUUUUUUUUUUAUUUAACUCAAAAAAUAAUAAAAAACUUUAAGAAAUAGUAGAAAGUAUGAAAAAAAUAUAUAAAAACUUAUACUAAAUACAAAAAAAAAAAUAAAAGUGUAAAUUAAUACAGGAACAUUUCCUUACUAUAUAAAUCCGUAUAACAAAAAAUUUCUCAAAUAACACACAAAAAUAUAAAAGCAUCCAAUGAGAAAACAAAAAAUCAAACAACUUUAACUAACCAGUAUUAAUAACAGUACAAAAUAAUGACACGCCUACAGAAUUUUUAAUAAAAGGAUAACAACAUUUUGGCGCUUCUUACAACUUAAUGCAUAGACUAGUAGUAUUACUUUAUUUUUUCCAUUCAACAUAUUUGCAGUCAAUUUUUAUGCAACAGGCGCCCACUGUAACUGCACAUGUAUAUGUAAACGUACCGUAAUUAAAAUACUUUCAUGUAUACGCAAAAUUUCCCCAAGCUUGCGAUUUGAUUUUCACAUUGAAAGUCUAGCCAAGGCACUGGGGCCCAAAAACACGAUUUUAUACUACAAUACAAAAGUCUCUUUUUUUACUUUAUUUAAAAAUAUACAUAUGUAGGUAUGUAUAUGUGAAAUAAAUAUGUAAUUUUGUUCAAUUUUGUUUUGUAUUAUGUGUUUUUUUUUUUUUGUAUUAUGCUCGGAGAAGUUUUUGUAAAAACUUGCCGUCUGUAGCAAUUCUAAAGUAAAAAAAAAGAGAAAUUUCUGUAAAAAAUGUAUUAUAUUAAAAAAAGAAAAAAAUACCAAAAAUCCGCUAUGAAAGUAUAUGUAGAUUUGUAUGCUCUUGAAGGCAAGUGUUAAUUAGGAUGAAUUUGAAAUAGUCAAUUAUUGUUGUCAAUAUAUAAUUGCAUAGGAAUUAGAAAAGGUUUAGUAAUAUUUGCGUGCAGAAAGCAAAAUACCUCAUUAGCUUUAAUUCUAAAGAAGAAGAAAAAAAAACCAAAGCCAUAACUACAACAAUAAAACAAAACAAAGUAGCGAAUACACAUGCGUCCAAUUGAAAAACUGUCUGCUUGUAAUGAACUAAAAAGAAGCAAAAGGCAUAAAUUAUAGUAAAUACACAUUUGAAUAGCAUUAGAUGUUUAUCGAUUUGCGAAAUCAGCGCAAGGUCUAUUUGCAGUAAAACACACACGAGCACACAAUUUGAGCAUGAAAUUCAAUAAAUAAUAGAUUCAAAUCAUGGUAAUAUAUAGGCAGACAUUUGCGGCAUUACUUGAAAAUCUACUUUUUUUAAGAGUUGAAAGAUAAUUGAAUUGUUGCUGAAUUACCGCUGAAUAACCGCCGAAAUUAUUUAAAUAGCCAAAUAUCAGUUUAAUAUACCUGAAAAAUAAUGAUUUAUGAAAACUUCAAAUAUUUGCUGAAUUAUUGCUGAAUGGGUGACUGCAAAAAGGAAAUGAAAUACUUCUAUUGAAAAAAGCUGCACUUAAUUUUGAAGUUUGCAGCAUUUUUUCGAGUUUUUCUUUAACAAAGUGCUGAAGAAAAGUGAAGUUUCUAGCUGAAUACGCGCUGAAUUGAUAUCAGUGUGCUUGAAUUGCACCAAAAGAAAAAUAAAUAUUUGCUGAAUUAAAGCUGAAUGCGUGCAUGUGAGGCACUAAGUUAAUUUGUUUAUGACAACAAAACAAGAGGCUUAAAAAUGCAGCGGCACCUUGCUGAAUUCAUUUAGACGGCACCCAAAUGCGCUGACAUGCAUUUAAUAACAAUUUGAAAUUCGCAUAUUUAGCAAACCAAAAAGCAAACUCCGAAUUCAAACACUUAAAAUAUCGAUUUUUGCGAAAAACCACUUUGAUUGAAGUAUUAAAAAAGAAAAUCAGAAACGCUGAAUCCAUUUUAAUAGCGCUGAAUUAAUUUUAAUUGCGCUGAAUUAAUUUCAAUUGCGCUAAAUAACACCAAUUACCAUUACACGCUAGUUUAAGCUCGAAAAAUAUGCGCUGAAUUUAACUUAAGAGCGCUGAAUAAUGUUAGACACCACUUUUAUAGAUGCUCUAAAACGAUUGCUUUUUAUUUUUUUAUGCUGUGAAAAGAAACGUGCGCUGAAUUAUAGCAAACUACGUGUUAUAACACCAAAAAUCGUUACUUACUUCAACAGCUCAAAAAAAAAACCAAAUCUAACUUACAAAGUAGCUCUGAAUAAUAUUAUAUUAUGCUGAAUAAUACCAAAUAUUGCUUUUUACUUGGCAAACAAACAGAAUUUCAAUCAAACAUCUAAGUUGAAAAACGAAAAAAAAAACACAAUCAUGAAAAAAUCAACAUAAAAUUACUAAGCACGCCAUACUUUCAAACCCCAUAUAGCUUUACUAAUGUAAUUAAUUAUAAUUAUAAAUUAAGUUCCCCCAAAAAUAACAAAAAAAUUCUAUUUCUCACAACAUACACAUUUUUAUAUUUUGAAAGUAAUUUUUCAAUACAAUUUGCGCCGUUAAAUUGCUACCAAGCAAAUUUAUUUGUACUGUGUACUUUUUUGUGUAAUUUUUAUAUUGUAAAUACAUACACAUACAUACACAUAAAAUAUAGUAUGUAUGUUUUUAUCGAACUCGAAUGUUCACUGCAAAAUAGAUUUAUAAAUAAAAAAUGUUUUUCUUUUUUUUUUCAAUGUUAUAAUACCCAGGUAUUGUAGUGCAAAGGAGUGGAACCGAAAUACAAAAAUGAAAUGUCAAAUGAAAAGCCAAAUGUGAUGUUGCAACAAUUGUUUUAUUUUUUUAACAAAAACUACCAACUAAUUAUUUAUAACUAGCAUUAAAGAAUUUUUAAAAACUUAUCUAAUAGAUAAUGACAAAAACAAAACUAUGUCUAUGACUGUCUGUUAAAACUUAAUUUUAAGCUAUAAAAUAUUUGUAAAAGAUUGAUGAUAACUGAAAGCUUUUUUAUUAAUUAUUUAUUUUUCCAAUCAAAUGUGAAAACAAACCAGAGAAAAUAUCUAAUUAAGUGAUAUCUGAUAUGUGACAAAACAAUAUGUUUAAGCAUAAAAAACAUUAAAACAAAUAACUAUUUAUUCUAAUAUAAAAUAAAAAAUAAAAAUAGAAAAUUAAAAAAAAAACUAAAACGAAAACUAAACUUAAAAAGAAAAGAAAACUUAAACAAAAUAAAACAAAUUGAUAUUUGAUGUGUCUUAAAGUACUGUGUUUUUUUCUUUGCAUUUCGUAUGGGAUAUGAGAGGCAUUUCGCUGUUAAAAUUCAGGAUAAGUAUUGGGAAGGCGUUCAGUGUUCAAAAAAUAUUGAACGGAAAAUAUUAAAUAAUGGAGUCGGGUGGGCUUGUGUGUAAUCACCAAACGUUUAAGCCCGCGUCGACGCCCGCUGUGGAGAUGAAACAUCAUGAAAAGCUGCGCGAAAUAACCAUUUGGCGUUCGGAAGUGGUAAUAAACUGUAAGUUGCUCCAUUUGUAGCACAGCACCGAGUCGAACACACAUCACAAAUUGGAGAAGAAGCUCGGUCAAAACAAUUAAGUAAAAAUGUAGACACCAGUUACAUACAUACGCGAAUUUGGCAUACAUGCGACUGCCACUGAAGUAUACAUACAUACAUACGCUAUUUAACGGAAGGAAAAGUGUGGUGAUGUCAGAUUUUUAACUAUUAGAGUCGCCCGUAGGAGUAUGCUUUAUUCAAUUUCAGUAGAAUUAUAUAAUGUAGCUACGCCUCCUUUUCGAUACCUACUACUUUUCGCCAUCACUAAUUUGUGUAACUGUAUCAAAUUUCGUUAUCCUAGCUUUUGUGGUUCGGAAGAAAAGCGAUGCGGAAAUUUCAAUUCAUAUGAGGGUUCCUCGCCUCUUUUUCCCCAUACCUACCGCUUUCCACCAUAAGUACAGUA